AAUUGUACUGAAUUUGUACAUCGUAUAUAUACAUAUAUUACACUGCUGAUGUUGAGUCUCACUUUUCUCACUCGUUUCAAUCCGAUCGUUUACGCAGUAGCGCGCCGAGCAUUUUACAAGAAAAUGGAAAAGAAAAGUGCGCUGUUGGUGGUCGCCGACGGUUCGGAGGAAAUGGAGGCUGUGAUAAGCGCCGACGUCUUGAGACGUGCCGGGGUUGAUGUUACCAUAGCUAGUCUGUCGAAUAGCCCUUGCGUGACGUGCAGCCGUAACGUUGCAGUUUGUGCCGAUGUCCUGUUCGCCGACGUCGUUCACGAGACCUUCGACGCUGUGGUGCUGCCUGGUGGCCUCGGUGGAGCCAAGACCUUUGCAGCUUCAGCAGAACUUGGGGAAUUGUUGAAGAAGCAGCACGAGGAGAACCGGAUAAUAGCUGCUAUCUGCGCAGCCCCGCUGGCUCUAAAAGCUCACGAUAUCGCCAAGGGGAAAGCGAUCACUUCCUAUCCAUCGAUGAAGAACGAGCUGGCCAACGAUUACAAUUACCUGGAGGACAAAGUCGUGACAACUGAUAACAUAAUAACGAGCCGAGGGCCAGCCACCGCUUUCGCUUUUGCCCUGGCCAUCGUGGAGAAGCUGAUGAACAAGGAAACGGCUGGCACAGUGGCAAAGGCAAUGCUGUACGAUGACUACCAGUAAACCUGCUCCGACCUUUCGUUAUAGUUUCGUUGUGGUACGUUGAAAAUUCCCAGUGUAUAAAACUUGUGAUAUGUUUCAUUGAAGAAUAGGAGAAUAGCGUUCCUCGUAAGUUUGAAACGUGCGGGCGAAGUGUAAUCAUGAAUGCAAAAUUGUAAGAAUAAAUGUACAUACAUGCAUAUAUAUAACUAUGAGGCAAAGUGGUGAGCGAAAAGUACAACAGUUUUAAUUUCGUUAAGUUUCGCGAAAGAGUCUUGCGGUAUUUUAAUAAAAGCAAUA